AUGACAUCGAUUCUUGAACCAUAUGAUAUUGAAUUGGGAAAACCCGUCGAUUAUCACGCAAACAAAUAUAAUAUUAAAUUCAUUGUCUGUGGCAGUGGGUGAGUUUGAGUUCAGAUUUUCCUACGUAUGGCAUAAAUUUAAGGAUUUCUAUUGAGAAGGAUGGAUUUGCUUGUGAAGCGGAUCCAAAUAUUCCGGCAUGUUUCGCAUUUUCUAAUAACAAAUGUUCAAUUCAAACAAUUAUUGAUUUGAGAGAACAAUUGAAGGAAUGUGUGAGCAAUAUAACUCUUUUUUCUUGGCCAAUACACAAUAUUAUUCAUUUUCCAGGAUUGGGAUAAUCAAAUUGUUCGCCCGGAAAUCAGAAUAAUCCAGAAAGUCAAUCAUCGAGUCGAUUGUGCAAGUGAAAUCGAAUUAAUUGCACAAUUAUCCAAAACACCCGAUCAACCAGAAAUUCAUGAAAAAGUUCAAAAAUCAUGGGGUCACUGGGAACGUGAGCAAUUUAAUUUUAAUAAUGAUAUUUGGCUCAACAAUUUUCAGGUCCUGCUGUUUGGGAAGAUUUGGUUAUUGUGCUUGAUGAUUAUUCAGCUGGGAUGAGGUUUCUGAGAAUUUUGGUAUCUGGAAAAGAUAGUUCGAAUUGGGCAGGAUAUUUUGGGCCGAAAGUUGGGAAAUUGCGGAUUGAAGUUAGCGAAUGUUCAAUUAUUUAUUUUCAAUUUUCAAUUUUUAGGUAAAGUAUGGUAAAAUCAGAGAACUUGAAUAUCAUAAUUCGAAGCUUCGAAAAAAUAAUCUGGAACUGACGAAAGAGAAUGAACAAAUGAAAAAUGAUCUAGAAAAGUGAGUAUGAAAAAGUUUUUUAUUUUCCGAUUUAUUCUGUUAUUUUCAGGUUUACGGAGUAUGAAGAAAAUCUAAUAGUUGUUCUUGAUAAAUUAAAAAUGCAAUCUGCUGAUGUGAGAGAUAAUAUAAAGAACGAAUUUAGAAAUAUGGAUUUCCGAUCGAAAAUUGAUGAACUUGGAAGAAUCAUAGAAGAAAAACAAGUGAAAAAUGAGUCUAGGAGUAUUAUUAAACGUCCAAAUGUUCGACGAAUUCAGCGGAAAUAUGAGAAAAUAUUGAAAACAGAUAUUCAUCAAUUAUUCUUCAAACUUCAAUCAAACAUCGAUAAAAUGCUUGACAUUCAAGCAAAUUCUACUGAAAUCAUUAAAAUCAAAAUUGAAUGUUUGGAAUACGAGGAGAAAAUUGAGGAAUAUUUGAGAAGAGUUAAUGAGGAAUAUUGGAAAAUUGCGAGAAAUCCGGAUAUUUUCAUGGAUGAAUUGGGAAAGAAAAUUGAGACAAUUCCAAGCAAUGCAUUUAUGGAGAAAUAUCGGAAGUUAAUGAAGGAACAUAAUUUACAAGUUUGA